AUAAACAAUUUGGAAAAAAUUUAUCUAAAUAAAAAUGACUAGUUAAAAUUAACAGGUGCUAUUAACCUUCAGAAGUAUCCUUUGGCUCACAUAACAGUUUAAAUGAAUUUUGAAAAAAAUUCAAAUUAAAUAAAAAAGUCGAAAUUUUUUGUCUGGAAACCAUUUGAAAUAUCUGUCGAAAAUGUCUGGUAGAUUAGUCCAUCUCUUUAGACUCAAAAAAGCUUUGCAAAAACCUGCAGUAAACAAUAGCGGUUUUUGUUUUAAAAGUGUUAAUAGUUUUAACACAAUUCAACAAAGUUAUAGCACAACACCGAAACCGUACAACGUAAGAGAGAAAGCUUUGGAGCUGAUAAGACUUGCAAAGGAACUGAGGGAGAAGAAACGUCGUUUGAACGAAUUAGCCACAAAAACUUUGGAUUUGCUAGAUAAACUGGAUAAAAAAUACAACAGCAAAGAUUCUACAAAUGUUAAGGACGUUAAGCCUACUUCAAAUCCUGAGGAGGUUGCCAGGAAAACUCUAGAAAAGCAACAUGACACAAAGUAACUCUCGCAGGGGCUUCACUAUAAAAAUUCUAGGGUUUUUAUAACGUUAAUCCAAUGAAACGAAGUAAGGUUAUUUAUAGAGUGAAAUAUAUCAGGUAUAAGGUAAAUAUAAAUCGAUGAUGUUGGACAAUGGGUUUCCGUUACGUUAGCUGAGAAAGAUCUAUAUAUCACUACAAUAUUUCGACUUCAGUCACAUCAGUGUACAAAUAAAUAACUUCAGCUCCA